CUCCUCCUUCAUCCCGUUCCCCAUUCUAUUCCCCAAGCUUCGUCGCUAGGGUUUCGGCGCUGAUUUUUGCUCGCUGCUACGAGCGGUGCGACGAGCACGCAGGCGGGACAGCGAGGUGUGCGGAGGGCCUCGAGCUCGUCGUCGCAGAGAUGCCUGAGCGCUAUGCCCGGGAGACCGCCGGCAGAGAGCGAGGCGCGCGGGAGUGCGCCGAUCUCGUCAACGGAGAGCGACCCGCGUGCGAGGGCGGGGUGCUCGGUGGCGAGGAGCACUGGAGAGGGCGGGGUGCUCGGCGAGGAGGAGCACUGGAGAGGACAUCGACCUCGGCGAAGAGUGUCUGGGGAGCUCGGUGACGGGAGAUCGGCGAUGGUGAAUUCAAGAUCGCGGGUCCUGAGGUGCUUAUUUGUGAUAUUGCUAAGUUGUACCGGGAAGUCGUGGAUCCUGAGCGGUGUAGGUAGUGCCAUCUCCAGCGCCAUAGUGGAGGAAGCCAUGGCGCCUAGCUCGAGCAGGUGGCGGCACCCACGAUGCCUAGCGCGAAUGCAAGCCUGUCGUGGCUGGUGGCCAACGAGUAGAUAAUAGUGUUGUUUUGUGAUCUACUCAUAGUUUUCAGCCAAAUCUUGAUUCCAUGGAGUUCUGGAAGAGGAAGAAGACCUAGAGUAGUUGGUCUUGCAGAAAGGAAGAAAACCUGGAAUAGCUCGUCUUGCAGAAAGGAAGAAGAGCAGGAGUAGUUUGUAAUGUCUGCUGUUUUCUUAUUUUGCGUGUAACUUCCCUUUUUCUUGGUUGGAUGCUGAACCGGUUAAACCAGCAAAUGUAUCUCAUCACACUAC